UCCAUCAACUCUUGCUCCUUUUUUUAUUGCAAAAACUCAAGUCCAAUGUUAUUUCUUUUGAAUAUGACACGAUUAAACUCUGCGUGAGUCGGAGUGUUUGCCUUUGUUUAUUUUGUCGUUAGUGUCAAAAUUGUCAACAACACGACAAGCAAGUGUUGUUUGUUUAUUUUUACAAGUUUUGAGUUUUACCCAAUUACGGGUGGAUGUUCUCGCAGCUUUAAUUUUAUUUAUGUACCUCAAACAUGAAUAGAAACAUCUGUAGAGUGUGUCUAAAUGAGGAUCUGUUAAUAGAUAUAUUUAAGAAGUCGGGAAUUCUUAUGAUAUCUUCGAAAAUAAUGUCUCUAGCCAAGAUAAAUAUAUCACCGGAUGACGAAUUACCAAACAUGAUAUGUUUGAAAUGUGUUCAAAAACUAGAUGAAUGUAUAGAAUUUAUUGAUCUUUGUAAAUCAUCUGAUAUUAAAUUAAGAACCCUAUUCCUUGGUAAAGAAUCAAAAUUACUUUUUGAUAACGUAUUGAAUGAUGACGAACCGUCAUCACCAAAAAGUGAAGCAGACAAGAUGUUAUUCAUUGAUGAGAGUGUAGAUCACAGUACUAUAGAGCAAACAAACUUAUUAGAAGACCUGAAGGAAAAAGAAAAAUGGGGGGAAGAUGUUAAGAAUAAUAUAAAGAUAAAUGGCAAAAAGACAAGAAAGCAACAAUGCUUCACUUGUGGAAAAGUUAUGUCCUCAAGAUUUCGUCUAAAGACUCACAUGAGAACUCACACUGGAGAACGACCAUUUUCCUGUCCACAUUGUAACAAAAACUUUUCACUGGCCCAGAAUUUAAAAGUUCACUUAAGAACACACACUGGAGAGAAGCCACUGCAGUGUUCAGUGUGUGGCGAAUCGUUCGCGCAGUCGGCGGGACUAGCGGCCCACCGGCGAAAGCACACGGGACAGAUGCCGUACCACUGUGUGCUGUGUCCUCGCUCAUUCCGAACUGUGGGCCAUUUGCAAUACCAUACUAGACGACACACAGGCGAAAAGAAUUUCGAAUGCGACACUUGUGGCCGUGCUUUUAUAACUCGUAGCGAUUUGAAGCAGCACUUGUUGACGCACACUGGGGCCAGGCCGCAUGUCUGCUGUGUCUGUGGUCUGCGACUAACCCGUGCGUCGCACCUGAAGCGACACAUGCUCCUCACACACAACGGAAAAGAUUACUCUUGUGAUCACUGCCCUUCAAAAUUCACAAGAAAGUCAGAUCUCGCUAGACAUGUGAAAACACAUGACAAAAAAGAAUCUAUUUCAAAUGUUAAUGAGGAUACGCAGUAAAUGUACUUAUGUCGUGGGAUAAGAUUGUAUUUUAAUAAUUAUAAUUAUUCUAGACAAAUUCAAUAUUUUGUAUGUCUUUAUAUUGAUUGAUGUUCUGUGAUAAUGUGUAUAGCAUUAAUAAAUAUUUUAAUAACUUG